UAAAGGAUAAAAAAAAUCACAUUGCAUGUGUCUAUCGUAUCUGUUUAACAUCCAUUUAAGUUUCUUGAAAGCCCCCUUUUGUUUUAGCGUCUUACCCUUUCAACUCUGUAAUUUCUAGAAAAUAAGGAGUGAAAAUGGAAAACUUCCACGCCGCCGCCGCCGCCGCCUACGAGAGGCCGGAGGCUUUACCGCCGGGCUUCCGGUUCCACCCCACCGACGAGGAGCUCAUAACUUAUUACCUCCUCAAAAAAGUCCUCGACUUUAACUUCACCAGCAGAGCCAUAGCCGAGGUUGACCUCAACAAGUGCGAACCUUGGCACCUCCCAGGCAGAGCGAAAAUGGGGGAGAAAGAGUGGUAUUUCUUUAGUCUCCGGGACCGUAAGUACCCGACCGGUCUAAGGACAAACCGGGCCACCGAGUCGGGUUACUGGAAGGCGACCGGCAAGGACCGGGAGAUCUUCAGCUCCAAGACCUGCUCGCUUGUGGGCAUGAAGAAGACAUUGGUUUUCUACCGUGGGCGGGCCCCGAAAGGCGAGAAGAGCAAUUGGGUUAUGCAUGAAUAUCGUCUGGAGGGCAAAUUUGCGUUUCACUAUUUAUCGAGUAAUUCCAAGGGCGAGUGGGUGAUCUCUCGGGUGUUUCAAAAAACCGGCUCCGGCGCCGGCCCCUCGGCCGCCGGCAAAAAGAGGCCGCCGCCCUCCGGCACUGCCGCCAAGCCGGAGGUUAGCUCACCAUCUUCGGUCUCUCUUCCGACACUUCUUGAGCACUCCACGGCCUCGAAUGACCGUGAGAGUUGCUCAUAUGAUGGCAAUGCCGCCACACGGGAGCACGUGCCCUGUUUCUCCACGACAACCGGUUUUGGCUACACAAACCUCUUUGACCUCCCGGCACCGCCACUUUUGCCGCCGCCGCUCCUCCACGACCUGCCGGCCUCCUCCACCGGAGCCGCCCGUUUUGCCCGGCCGAACGGUGGCGGCGGCGACUUUGUAGGGGUUCCGAUGAGUUUUCCGAGCUUACGGUCACUACAAGAAAAUCUCCAUCUUCCGUUCGUCUUCUCUGCCGCCACGCCGCCGCAUCCGGUGACCGGUUAUGGAACUUCUGGCCAGUGGGCUCCGCCACCGGAGGGAUCGAGGGUGGGACCCACGGAGUUGGAUUGCAUGUGGGGUUAUUAAGUUAUGUGGUGGAUUAAGCGUGCUAAUUAUUAAUUAGUAAUCUUUUAGUCUAAAAAAAACGUGCUUUGUGGUUGGUUAUUUUAUUUAUGUGUGCUUGUUGUGUUUGGUUUUUGCUAUGUUGUGUGUUGUUUGUACCUUUUAUCCACGCUGUGGAGGUAGUACUCUGAAGUAUGCCUAAUGCUUUAAGUGUAACUUUGUUUAAUCGACUUGUUUAGCGCGCGGUACUUGUAUUAAGAUUUUGUUUUACUACUAUUAUUAAUGGAA